AUGUGGCUAGCGCAGCAUGAGAUUUCUAUCUUGGGAGCUUAUUUUCUGACGUGUCCUUUGAAAUCAAUGGUCCGAAUUGUGCGCAUUAAAGUUUUUGGCGAGCGACACUUUAUGAAGGUUUACACUCACAUUGAUGAGGAUCGGACACACUUUGACAUCUAUGUGUCGCUCCUUCGAAGGCUCGGCAGUAACUAUCUGAUAAUGAAUUUUAAUCUGCGUCUUAAGUCCGAGGGCGCGACGGAUUUUCAGAAGAUAAUCGAUAUGAAAGGCGUAAAUUUUUGUAAAUUUCUAAUGGACCCUUUGCUGCAGAAUUUCUUCCGUAGUGAGAUUCUUCUAUGCCCCGUAAAAAUUGGAAAUUACUCUAUCAUGAGAUUGGAAACAGGCAAAGUGAUCGAUCCACACGUUCUCAGCAGAGGCACCUACAAGUUCUUCGUUGAGAUUGUGGAGGCCACUGGUGAGAUACCCAAGGUGUUUGCCAUGCAGGUGAUUUCGCAAAUAACUUGA